GCCGAAUCUAGUACAUUGUAAUUCAUGGCCACAGUUUUCCAUCGGAACAAUAUCCUGGAGCGAUCACCCCAUAUGAAAACGGAGGGGCAAAGCACCACAGCAGGGGAGGCACCAGAGGGGAUAGCAAAAUCUCUUCACCUCCUCCAGGACGGGAGCGUCGGGAAACUCCUUCAGAGGAGACCAGGAGUUCAGGCGCAUCAGGAAGCAGAGGACGGUCCCCUUUCCCUUGCCCAGUGGGAAGCCCAGUGGCAGGAGUUCCUCAGGACAAUGGAAAACCCUCACUCUGGAUGGGGAAUCCCACAUUUGUUGGGUAAGCCAUCACCCUGGGAGGAUGCCAAGGCCUUCCUGGCCUCCUUCGAGCAAGUGGCUGAAGCCUGUCAGUGGCGCAAGGAAGAGUGGGUGACCCGACUCCGGCCAGCCCUCAGCGGAGAAGCCCAAGAGGCCUUUAACAGUCUGCUUCUCAGAGACAGAGAGGAUUAUGGGAAAGUGAAGGCAGCCAUCUUGCAAGUUGAUGCCAUGAGCCAGGAGAAGCAGCGCCAGCAGUUCAGGCAUUAUUGUUACCAGGAGGCCGAGGGGCCGCAGGGGGCUUACAGCCACCUCCGGGAAAUGUGCCGAGGGUGGCUAAGAGUGGAGAACCACAGCAAGGAGCAGAUCCUGGAGCUCUUGAUCCUUGAGCAGCUGCUGACCAUCCUACCCCCAGAGAUCCAGAGCUGGGUGAGGGAAAACGGUCCUGAGAAUUGCUCCCAGGCAGUGGCCCUGGCCGAGGAGUUCCUCUUAAGGCAGAAAAAGCAGGUGCUCUUGGAGGACGCAUCUGGGAGUGUCUCAAAGGCAGGACAAGAUCUGCCUGAGAGCAAGCGGAGGCAGAUGUUGAUUGGCAUCAAGAAAGAAGAGGACAGAGAGGCCAGUCUGCUGGCAGGAGAUGUAGAGGAGACGGCCAGGGAAUUCCAGGGGUUCUCUCUGGAAAAAGCCAAGAGUGAAGAGGCUGAACAAAUCUUUAGGGAUCAAGACAGACCAGAGAGGCAGCAGGGAAGGCAUGCAGAAAAGAUGAGGGGAAAACUCAUUCCUUGCAAAAGAGACGGCUUGCAUGAAACCCCAGUCCAAGAAGAAAGCUCAGCCCAAGAAAGAAGGAACAAAGGCCUCUGUGCUAACCAGAGGAUUCAGUCCAGGAAAAAUGAAAGCGAAAGUGUGGCAUUUGGAAGGACCUUCAGUCAGAGCAUGAAUGUUAUUUUCCAGGAAAGAGUUUACUCAGGAGAGGAAGCAUAUAAUUACUUGGAGUGUGGAAAGACUCUUACUUCCCAGCAAAGAUUUCAGUCAGGUGUUGAUCAGGAGAAUGAGGAGGACAAGGAACUGCAUCAGGUAUCACCAGACGAAGCCAAGAAAGAAGAGCUGACAGGAAGUUUCAUGACUCUCAGUGGACCCAAGAAGCUGAAAGGAUGCCAGAUAGUGGAGAAGAGGGACAAACCCAUUGCUUGCCAAGGGGGGAAUUUACAUGAAGAAAUUCACAUGUAUGAGUGCUUGGAGUGUGGAAUGAACUUUUCAGAUCAAGCCCAUUAUAAUGUCCAUUUGCAAAAGCACAGUGGAAGGAAGACCCGUCAGUACUCAGAGUGGGGAAGGAGCUUCAUUCGCACAUCAGAGCUCCUUAGACACCAAAGAAUCCACACAGGUGAGAAACCUUUUGAAUGCUCCGAGUGUAGAAAGAAAUUCACCUGGAGUGGUGCUCUUCAACGACAUCAGAGAAUCCACACAGGGGAGAAACCUUUUGAGUGCUCCAAGUGUGAAAAGAAAUUCAGUCAGAGUUACCAUCUUCUGCAGCAUCGAAGAAGCCACUCAGGUGAGAAACCAUUUGAAUGUUCAGAAUGUGGAAAGAAAUUCAGUCGGAGCUGCAAUCUUAAAGCUCAUCAGAGAAUCCACACAGGAGAGAAACCUUUUGAAUGCUCAGAGUGUGGAAAGAAAUUCAGUAAGAAUUUCCAUCUUCAACAGCAUGUAAGAAUCCACAAAGUUGACAAAGCUUUUGAGUGCUCAGAGUGUGGAAAGAACUUAAACUGGAGUGGUGAUCUUCAGCAGCAUCUAAAAACCCACAGAGGGGAGAAACCUUUUGAAUGCUCCAUUUGUGGAAAGAAAUUCAGUCAGAGUUGCUAUCUUCCACAGCAUCGAAGAACCCGCACAGGCAAGAAAUCUUUUGAAUGCUCGAACUGUGAAAGGAAAUUCAGUCAAAAGUGUGUCCUUCAACAGCAUCAAGGAAUCCACACAAGGAGAAACCAUGUAGCUACUUAACCUAUGAGUAGAGCUUAUCUUGUAUUUCUUACCUUAAAGACCACAGAAUCCACAGAGUUGAAGCCAUAUAAAUUAUUGUAAAGGUUUUGCAUCUGCACAGAAUCUUUUCUGUAACCACAGAAGAAAAAGAAAGAAAAAUCAAAUUGGGGAGAAAGUGUAUAAAUGCUCAGAUUGUGGGAAGAGCUCUAACCAUAAUUGAAGCCUCAAAUACAUAUCAUGGGGGAGAAAGCAAGGAAGUGCUGUCAGGGUGGAAGGAACUUCAAGGCCAGAGCUGCCCUCCUUAACCAUCAUGGAAUCCAUAUAGGGGAGAAAUUUCAUAUAUGCUCAGUGCAAUGGAAGACUUUGAGGCAGAGGUCAGACCUUCAUGAUCUCCAGAGAAUCCACACAGGGAUACAGUUUUCCCCUAGAACUACCCUAUAGUUGGGUUCAGUGAGGCUCCUCUUUUCCAACGCGACAAAAGUUGAAAAGGUUUUUACACAAAGAAGGGCCUUUUUAGUGGUUGCCCUUCUCUGUGAAAUUUGCUACAUAAGGACAUCUACCAACCUAACUCAUUCUGAAAUUUGGAAACCUGGCAAAAACAUUUAUAUUUUCCAAAUGCUUUAUUGAAAAUAAUUCUUCCAAAUUAAUAAAGAGACAGUGGAAAAAAACCAAUAGGUGUCUACCAAAAAAGAAA